AUGCCUCGCAGCUACCUUACAUCUCUUAGGAUCUACGACCCCAAUCCCUCUCAGCUUCCUCCACUCCAACCGGGACUUUUACCCCCAGAGCUUGACCCGGCGCUGGAGAUCCCGGCCGCGCUGCCCCAAGUCAAGCCUCACAACACUCAGCAGGAGCGGUUCAGUCAAACACCAAUCUACCACUCACUAACGACCAACGUGCCGGACAUUGCCAUGUCAUUCUCGGAUUCGAGGUUUGCCUAUGGACCUUUCGCUCCGCAUUGGAUCCCUCGACAGUACAUCGAGAACUACUUUUCGCAGCACAAAACGGAUGAUCUUCUAGUUCUCAACACUGCGGUUGAGGAUGUAACGAGCAUUCCUGCGGCUGAUCGACCUGAGCAGUGGAGGUUGACGCUCCGUAGAUUUGACGCUGCGAGGAACGUCGACGUUUGGUGGGAGGAGAUAUUUGAUGCGGUGGUGUUUGCCAAUGGGCAUUACUCCGUGCCAUUCGUGCCGCGCGUCAAAGGCCUGGAAGAGUAUAUCGAAAGGUUUCCUGGUCGUGUGGUUCAUUCGAAGAUUUACCGCUCUCCGCAGCCAUACGCCGGCAAGAAGGUGGUUGUGAUUGGGAACUCGGCAUCAGGCCAUGAUGUUACUGCUGAGCUGGUCGGUACGGCAUCUACGCCUGUGUUUCAAUCUCGGCGAAGCAAGUCACGCUGGGAUGGAGACGAACCACCGCCUGGCCAAGCCUGGAAGCCCGUCAUCAAGGAGUUUCUACCAAGCGGGCGGAUCGUCUUCGAGGAUGACUCGUAUCUCGACGAUGUUGACUACGUCAUCUACUGCACCGGCUACAAGCCGUCAUAUCCCUUCUGGAAUAGCAAGGAGAACAACGGACGGCCGCUAUACGACUACAAGAACGGAAAGCUGAUCAAAACCUUCUGGCACACCUUCUUCCAGGACUUUCAGACUUUAGGUAUCGUCGGUAUACCCCGUGUCUUGACGUUCAGGAGUUUUGAAUACCAAGCCAUCGCCUUGGCUAGACUCUUCUCCGGCAGGAACUCGGUCGCAUUGCCUUCCGUCGAGGAGCAGGAGAGAUGGGAGAGAGAAAGAGAAGAGACUGUGCGAAGAGAGGGCAGAAAGUUCCAUGACAUCCCGUGGGAGACGGGUGAGACCUUUGAGUGGCUUACGGGCUUGUUCAGACUUGCUGGUCUGCCGACUCUCAAGGGGAAGGGAAGGGUUCCGCCUGUGCUUACAGAAGAGAUGAUUUGGGCUCUGGAACAUUUGAAGAAGUAUCCUGAGCCAGGCAACGGGGAUGGGAAUGAUGGCGACGACAAGAAGAAGGAUGAGACAAAGGCGACUGACUGGGGUCAUCAAGACCACCUUCAUGAAGAAGCCAGAGGAAAGUGGUCUCUGCCAGAAAGACCAAAGAAGGACCUCCUGAGCUUCAUCUGA